AUGUUGAAAAUCAACCGGUCUAAAUCAAAGGGAAGAAUCUGCACUUUUUACGCGGUGCUCUCACUAUGGGUGGUUGGUGCACUUGGCUGGUACCAUUUCCACUACCGGUCGGUGCUUUCCAAUGAGGUGCCUCAUUCAAUCUACAACAUGUACGAUGAGCCUCCCGUUGAUACCGAUGCAGCUGCUGCAGAGACUGCCCCUGACUUUGACUAUAAAAACAGCCACAUUUACAAGCGCCUUCAAAAGAACUACAAUGCAUACAAGGAGGUCGACAGGCCGUCCUCGGUUUACCACGACAUCUUCAAAAACCAUGCCAUCGAGUCGGUGGUUCGCAAUCUCGAUUUCAACCAAAGAUGCGAUUUGUACUUUAGAAACGUCUUUUUGAAAAAUCACAAUUGGGUGUUUGACCCCAAUGCCAACUACGAGGUGGACUUUGGCAAGAAAUUCGAGGAGUUCCAGAAUACAAACUCCGCCAUGUUGCAAGCUCUUUUUGACACGGAAAACAGCGGCAAAAAGGUUGAUAAUUACGAUAAGAAGUUUGCCGAUUUCAAAAGGGAGUUUUAUAAAAAGCAGGAAGAGGAGAAUAACGAGCAAAGAAUCGUUGAUGAGUUGACCUUGUUUCGGUUGUACAACAAGUGCUACGUCACCGAUGACGAUCCUGUCCAAGAGAAAAGAAUCGGUGCAUUUGUAGCCGAGCAGAAGGAUUUGAUUGACGGCGACGAAACUCUAAAAAGUACAGUCACGCCGUUCCGACAAACCACGCGCGAGAUGUUGGUGACAAAUGGGAUGAGGUUGCCCAGUCUCGACCACAGAAUUUACCCGUGGUUAUCGCUUGAGCUUCCAGUUUUUGAAAGGUGGACCGGUCAAAUUCACCACGAGAUCCCCAACUUUAGAGAGAUUCUCCGCGACAACUCGCAGCCACCGAAAAGAACUAGAGCAACCAAGUCUACUCAAUCAACCAGUUUUUUCAAAAAUUUCAAAAACAAUUGCAACGGCAAGGGGAUAGUGUUGACCAUUGCCGACAAACAUGCCGACUACACGGCCAACUUUGUCCGCCUCUUGCGUGCAUUGAACAACAAGUUGCCAAUCCAGAUUGUCUAUUUCGACAAUCUUGGGGAGGAGUCCAAGAGAAAAAUUGUUACCGCUGCGAGAGAAAGCUUUUCCUACUUGCCUCAGUCCUUCCAUGGAGUGUCCGAGUAUUUUCCACAGGAUUAUCUUGAUCCAAAGUCCGAUGGUUUGCCCAAGCAAGAAGUGUGGUUUGUCAACGUUGCCAGCGUCAUUGGCCCCAAUUUCAAGGGCAAAUUUACUGGCUACGCUAGUAAAUUAUUGGCUACGUUGUUCAACUCUUUUGAUGAGUUUAUGUUGGUCGACGCCGAUACUGCGCUCAUGCAAGACCCCGAGUCCUUUUUUGAGAUGAAAGGCUAUCAAGAAACUGGGACAUUUUUCUUCAAAGACCGCGCUUAUUACCAAAAGACUGACGGUGCUUUUGCCGAGCAAUUCAAACGGAUAUCCCAGUCCCCUGUUGACAAAGUCAUGUUUGACAUCAACCCCAUGACCAACCACUCGUUUAGAGAAAACUUUUUCCAAAACCUUUUCCAUACUAUGGAAUCUGGGGUUGUUUUGAUUGACAGACAAAGACAUUUCAAUUCCGUGCUCAUGAUUGUUCACAUUAAUUUCUUCAAGCCAAUCAGCUCCAGAUCCUGGGGAGACAAGGAGUUGUUUUGGUUUGGAUUUGCAUUCAAUGGAGAUGAAGAUUACCAUUUCAACGCGCAUGGUGCCGCGGCCAUUGGCGAAAUGACCAACCCGAGCGAUAGAAGAAGACCAGAUAGAACACUUCACCAUUCUAAGGAACUUUGUUCGCCACAUCCGGGGCACAUCAGUGAAGAAGACAACCACACGUUGCUUUGGAUCAACUCUGGAUUCCGGUACUGCCAUCAAGCCGACAAGGUUGACUUUGAGAAGGAGAGCAAGUUGGGGCGCAGACUCAAAUUCCUCGAUAUCACAGCUGCUGCAUUUAGAGAGUAUUACUACAACCCAUUGAAAAUCACCCACGCGAUUAUUCCGCCAUUUGAUCCCGAGAUCAAAAACAGGCCCAACUUGAACGAUGAACCUUCGCAUGGCUGGCUUUUGGAAAAAGGCUACUGCAAGGGCUACCUAUGGUGUGCUUACCUGAGUAUAGGAGGCAUCACCAACAAAGAUACCGGGGCCGAAAACACCAUGGAAGGUACCGUGGUGACGUUUAACGAGAAAGAACGAGCUUUAUUUGAUUAUUACGGUGACAUUUGGGUCGGAAUGGAAUAG